UUAUUUGUUAAGCAGCUAAGAGUUGGUGAACUUGUUAGCAGUCGUCAAGGAAGGAAAACAAAGGCAGCCAAAGCACAUGAGAGAAAGAAAAUACACAGAUGCAAGGAACGUUAAGGAAUAUAAAAUCAAAGUGUAACUGUUACUGUAAAUAAUAGAAAACUGGAGUUUGGAAGGAAAACAAUAGGAAUAAAAGACAGCUGGAGUGUAGAGACUUGUGCAGUUUUAUACUUUUGCUGCUGACUUAAAUCAAACCAAGGAUGGCAACAGGAAGGAUCCGCUUGACACGGAAACUAAAACAGUGGAUGGUUGAACAGAUUGAUAGUGGGAAAUAUCAGGGUUUGGUUUGGGAUGACAACACUAAGACCAUGUUCCGUAUACCUUGGAAACAUGCCGGCAAGCAAGAUUUUAGAUAUGAUGAGGAUGCUGCUAUUUUUAAGGCCUGGGCAAAAUUCAAAGGCAAAUUCAGGGAUGGAGACAAGAUCGAUCCUGCAACGUGGAAGACUCGUCUUCGUUGUGCAUUAAACAAGAGCCCUGAGUUUGAAGAGGUGCCAGAGCGUUCCCAGCUAGACAUCUCGGAACCUUACAAAGUCUACCGGAUUGUCCCCCUAAAGGAACAGAGAUUAAAAAUGGGAACUCCCAGCAGCAUAAAGCAUGAAAAACUUAAGAGGAGGAAGUCCUCAAGUUCGAAGGAUGAAGAAGAUGAGCAGGAGGAACAACCAUCCAAAAUUGUCAUGAAAGAAGAGCCCUUAAAAGUGGAUUUAGCGGACAGUGUUUAUGACAUCUCAAGUUCUACCAGCACCGAGGAAGUGUGUCUUGAUAACAGCUUGGGGCUCACCGUAAGCUACAAACAGAAUGAAUCUAGUGAGGUACAAGAGGACAUUAAGGUGGAAAGUACUCCUAUGGUAUUGCAUUCAGAUUUGUGUUCCAUGCUUUUGACAGUUUACUAUGGAGGAGAAGAGGUCAAAAGAAAGACAAUUGAUACCAAGCACUGCAAAAUCUGCUCUGCUUCUCCAUCACAGAGCCGAAAUGGACUGUCAGGCCUUGCUAUGGAGAGGAUUAUUCUGCCACCUGCAGAUUGUGUUGAGGAGGAUGCACAACGAAAUGCAACUGAGCAGCUGCUGCAGUACCUAGACAGAGGUAUCAUGCUAGCCAGUAAUGAUGAUGGUAUCUUCAUUCAGCGUCUCUGUCAGGGACGAGUUUUCUGGAAAGGCCCAUGUGCUCCUCACCGAAAUCAGUCCAACAAGCUUGAAAGGGAUGAACUGGUUAAACUGUUUGACAGAAAUACAUUUCUAGAAGAACUGGAACUCUAUCGUACAGCCAAUGGCCCUGUUCCGGAGUACCAGAUCACAUUGUGCUUUGGAGAAGAAUUCUCUGAUUCAGAACCUUUAAAUCAUAAACUUAUUACAAUUCAGAUUGAACAACUUUUUGCCGGACAACUACUUACUGAAGCUGAGACAUCAAAGGCUUCUGAUAACCUCUUCAAUAAUGUCACUGUUGAGCUGCCAGAGACCGACCAGUUCUCCCCUACUUUUCAGGACGUAUCACAUAAUAUGUACGGUUUCAGUGAACAUGCUGAAGAUGUGAAGUUUGAAACCAUAUUCUCAAAAACGCAUACUAUGCCUGGAUGGGAAAUUCCUAUCUAGCUAGAACAUAUGAAUUUUUAUAGAUUGUUCUUAGCUGUCGCCUAAUAAAACGUAUCUCCAUACUGUUUGAAUUUUGGCAGUCCCAUGAUCAUGUUCUUCAAGAUGGGUUCCUGUACUACUUUAAAGAUUCUGCAGGGGUCUCCUGGAAAGUGGCCGGCCCUCUUAUGGGCUGCAAGAAUUCUACUGAAGAGGGAGAGGGAGAGGAAGGUGGGAUAGGCAGAAUAUGAAGAAAUGACCUGGUUAAUUUCUGUUUUGCUUGAUCUGUUAUAUCCUUUAGCCUUCAAUCCCCCAACAAAAGGAUGUUGUUUGUUCUCUUGUACUGUAAGGGCAUGUUCUCCCUCUCUGCCUACGGGGCAGGGCACAUUUAAAAUGCUCACAGUGCCAGUAUGUGGUACAUUAAACCAAAGUUGAGGUGGAGUAUGGGAUACUUGGAUAAGAAGGGUGUCUACCCGGAUUAGUAGACAACAUUCCCAUCCAUCUUGCAAUGUACUCUUCAUGUAUUCUGUAGAGAUUCAGUGUGGUAUUCAGAAAAUGUACAAGUGGAGGGUUAGAUAAACUCUGAUCCAUAAAGUGAGAAAUAUUCUGCUUUGAGGGACCUAGUGAUGCCAUGCAGUAUACCACACAUAUUGAAGAUCUGAAAGACAGAGGUGUUCAUCCAAAAUUGGUUGAAGUACUGUGGCAACUUGCCAGCCUUAGAGCUUCAUAACUUAUGGGUUACUUCUCGAUGUAUUUUGUUACCCCUUUGAUUUCAUUUAAGCUGAGCCAGGGAAUAACGAUUAGGAGUCAGAUAAAAGGAAACAGUGUUUUUAAAAGUCAUAGCCCAGUCCCUUCACCCACCUCCUGCCACUUUUUGAAAUGUAUACUGUGAGUUUUGCAUUUAUAGCUUUCUUCCUGAAAAAUAAAUUGAAUACCAACUUCUGUGGUUUUGCACUUUAUGCAUACAUAUCUGGUCAGUAUACAUUUUAUGAAGUUUAUACACAGUACUUAAUGUUAUGCCUGAAUGAGAGUUCUAGGUAAGGGAGAGAAGGGUAUAUAUGCAGAGAUGUUGUUUGUAUACACUGUUGGCCUGGAGAAUGAUAUCUGACUCUGUACCCUUUGUUUUUUAGUUUUAAUAAACAUUGUUUUAUAGUAA